AAUACAGACAGCACAUGUACGAAGAAUUCCACAAUCCCCUGAAAAUGCAAUGAAAGAAAUUUGUUAAUGUUCCAGUUGUGGCCUUGGGGUCGUGACACACUGACACUGGUCCAACCUACGCACUUAGUCGUCGUCUUUCUCUGUCAAAUCACUCCGCCUGCGGUGGCCUGCACACGGCACCGGCCGCCCCAUCUUUUACUGCAUCCAUACUUGUGAAAACUCAACACUCCUUCCCCUCUCCUGGCUCCCCAUGGCACUCUACUCGCCCACCCUGUAUCUGGGUUUCUUGAUUUUUCUUCAAAUUACGCACCUUUCUCCAACUUUAAUGGCGGUUUCAGAUUGCCCUUUAGAUAUAAGUGGUUCAGACUUCACAAUAGCUGCUUCCGUCUGCACUUCGGAUGAGGAUAUAGGCAAGUGUUGCCGCUACAUGAACUUCCUGGUCGCCAUUUCCGUAGCGCGAUAUGCGGCCAAAACGAACAGCCUCGGCGUCACUUCCGAGACUUCAUGGCUUUGCCGCCAAACCAUAGCAGGCACCCUAGAGCUUCACGGGGUGAGCAAGAGCGCGAUGGCUUUGUGCGGUUUGGGAACGAAAAUCCCGGUCAACUUUGAUUGCCAAGGCCGGUCAACCGUUUCUGAGAUGGUUCGGUCCCCUAAAUUUUCGGACGUCGCUGGGAAUUGCAAAGCCAACCAGGUGUUUGAAGAUAGGCAUUGCAAGAAGUGCUUGAAUUCGGGCAUGGCGUAUCUCCGUAAUAUGUUGGUUUCCCCUGAUAAUACAACUUUAAGCACUUGCAGGGAUGCGACUUUUGUUGCGCUUGCCAGCCAGGUUGAGAAAGCAUCUGCUUUUGACAUCGGGAUCUGUUUCUUUGGGGUGAAAGGGCUUGUUAAUCCCACAGUGCCAUCUUCUUCAAUACAUUCACCUCAGGUGUCUCCAAGUGCUGCCAGUCCAACUCAGUUUCCCAUUAUCUCAUCAAAAAAUGAGAAAAACCACGAAUACCACCUUACAUUGGUUCCGGCUGGUGGCAUAGCCGUUAUAGUAUUGGCCAUCAUGAUGCUUAUUGUGCUUAGUAUUCUCAUCCGACGGAAAAACAAACAAUUGGAAUAUUUCACGACUGAUAAAUUAUCUUCAAAAGUGUUCUCGCAAGGAAUAUUGCCGGAAGGUUCAAGUUGUAUGUUCAGAAAAUUCAGUUACAAUGAGACAAAAAAGGCGACAAACAACUUUAACACAAUCAUUGGAAAGGGUGGGUUUAGCACCGUGUUCAAAGCUGAGUUCCAGGAUGGUUUUGUUGCAGCGGUGAAGAGGAUGGAUAAGGUGUCCAAGCAGGCAGAAGAAGAUUUCUGCAGAGAAAUUGAGCUACUUGCUCGCUUACAUCACCGCCAUCUAGUUAAUUUAAGAGGCUUUUGUGUUGAAAAACAUCAAAGGUUUCUCAUGUACGAGUUUAUGGCAAACGGAAACUUAAAUGAGCACCUUCAUUGUCCAGAAAAAACUCCUCUUGAUUGGUGUACCAGAAUUCAAAUUGCAAUCGACGUGGCAAAUGCUUUGGAAUAUCUCCAUUUCUAUUGUAACCCUCCGCUGUGCCAUAGAGAUAUCAAGUCGAGCAAUAUUUUGCUGGAUGAGAACUUUGUUGCAAAGGUUGCAGAUUUUGGCAUUGUUCUUGCUUCAAAAGAUGGCUCUAUUACAUUCGAACCUAUAUUCACAGAUAUCAAGGGAACUCCAGGUUACAUGGACCCAGAAUAUGUUGUCACCCAAGAGCUAACUGAGAAAAGUGACAUAUAUGGUUAUGGAGUUAUACUACUAGAACUAGUUACCGGACGAAGAGCAAUACAAGGUAACAAGAAUUUGGUAGAGUGGGCGCAGGUAUACAUAACAUCUGAUUCAAAGAUAACUGAACUUGUGGACCCAAACAUCGGAGACUCGUUUGACUUUGAUCAACUACUGACACUAGUGGCAAUCAUAAGAGGAUGUACACAAAGAGAGGGGCGUACAAGGCCCUCCAUCAAGCAGGUCCUUAGGCUUCUAUAUGAAUGUACAGACCCAAUGCACGAUGACUUUGUUGAAGAAGAUGAUGAGUUUGAGGGUAGAAGAACAAACAGACCUAGAGGGUAUAGUGGGGAUGCGAGAUUUCUAGCCUCCUCUUCAAGUACUUCCAGGUCACAAUGUAGUCGGAGCUUCGUUAAUGGGAGUGGGUCCCCAGAAUCCCCUUGCAACCUACCUUCCUACUUCUAACAAAGAGAUUACCACUCUUUUACAAAAGUUUUGCACUUGACCCAUAGGAAGUGAAGGCCACAUGAACCAACUUUACUUAUACUAUAGAAAUCUCAUUGUUUCAUGUAUUCAUCCUUUAAUGAUUGCCAGAAAGUUUUGGAGGAGGAACUGGCGAACUGUUAACCUUUUAGUUUUUCUUCUAAUGCCUAAAGGGGGCAUCGAAGUACGUAUCUGAGAUGGAUCAUUCACAUUUUGAUUGUGAGCUUAUGUAACAGUAUCACAAUGCAGGCACAAGCUAGCAAAAUGACACAUUUUCAUGAGUCAGAGUAUUACCCUUGUUUUGAGAAUGUAUCGAUGGCUGAUACUUCUGAAAUUCUAUUGUUG